CAUUAAUAGACAGACGACAGUCGGACAUCCUCGCAGCGUUUGUUAUUAUUCCGGUCGGGCGCGUGGCGCGUGUGAAAAAUCUUGCAUCAGCUACUAUUUAACAUAGUAGUAAAGUGAGCAUAGGCCAAAUUGUACUAGAAGAGAUGAAGUUAACCAACCGGCAACAGUAUCAGUGGAUUCUGCUCAAUUAUUUGAUUUUCCUGCCAUGGAUGUCAUGUCAAAGAUUGAACAUCAACCGAAAUCGGGAAGAGGAACAUCCACGGCCUUUGCAGAGGCGUUCAGUUUCCUUCCGUGAUGCCGACUUUCCGAUCAGUCGGGCCUCUUACCGUAGCACCACAGCACGGGGUAUCGUCUUUCCUUCACAGGCACAUCGCCUUGAAGUGAGCUCCAAUCCGGACUUUCACUUCGACUAUUCGCGGGAAGAGAGACCCACCAACAUAGGGCGCAGUAACUCAGUGAUUCUUGCACGUCCUAGGCCACUUGCUACAGCGGAAGGAGAAGCGUUUUCCUAUCAGGAGAAAGAUAAGAAUGGUCCCUCUAAUUGGCAAAGAAGCGCUCCACAGUGCGGUGGCCGUUAUCAGAGUCCUAUCAUGCUGAACACGGAUAGUGCUCUGAUUGUGCGGAAUAAGCGUCCCCUGCAGUUGAUCGGUCAGACCAAUCUUCCACAAGGUAUCCGGUUGCAGAAUGAUGGUCAUUCGGCGAAGUUUACUUACAUUUGGAACUCUAGUGAACGUCCAUAUCUGCGAGGAGGGCCCUUAAAAACUAAGUAUAACUUUGAACAGUUCCAUUUCCAUUGGGGAUCAAACAGUACGGUUGGAUCCGAACACGUCUUGGAUUCCUUACGGUUUCCAAUGGAGCUUCAUUUAUUGUUUUACAAUGCUUUGUAUGACUCCUUCGAGGAUGCUCGAAACGAAGUGGACGGUCUAGCAGUAGUCGGGUUGUUUUACGAAAUUUACGACGACUACAAUGAACCACUUAAUACUUGGACCCGUUUCUUGAAAGAAAUCAUCAAUCCGGACACGGAAUUCAACAUUCCGUUCAUCGAUACGUUUCCGUUAUACGAUCUGAUUGGCGACGUCGAGUGGCCCUACUUUUCGUACGAGGGUAGCCUUACGACUCCGCCUUGUCUAGAGACCGUCACAUGGAUUGUGUCGACGAAACCGUUGCUCAUCACACCCAAGGAGAUCAAGGAAUUCCGACGGCUGAAGUCACGAAGCGGUAUGAUGGUUAACAAUUUUCGACCGGUGCAGAAGCUGUUCAAUCGAAGGGUGUUUCGAUAUUAGCUAGUGUAUCAGACGCAGAAAACAUCUAUGCCAGUUUUAUUUUAAUACUACCCCAACAUAGAUCUCAGAAUAACAGAAGUCCUGAUUCGGUACACUACUUGUUACGGGAUUCGUGCUGUUGCAUUCCAAUGCAAGUAAAAGUAUACCAAAAAUAAUCCAAACGAUAAUGAGCAUUACAGCUGACUAUAAGUUUUACAUAAGAGUUCAAAAAAAAAAAAGUAUUGUUAAGUGAUAAUCCGAAAGACUUGUGUACACUGUUUCAGUAUAUGAAUAAAUACUUUACUAUCAUGAA